CGCUGCAGUACAGUAGUUUCGCGAGAUCGCUAGCGCCAAGUCCCUAUCUACUGUACCAUGAAGUGGAUUAGAUUGCUUCCCUCCUUGGAUUACAUUGCACUUCUUCCCAUCCUUCCCGUUGGCGGCGCUCCCGCCCUGAUGACAAGAAUCGGAAAUCAACACUGUAGGAGGAUGACGAACACCCCCUUUCUACCUUUACUUUUUGUCUUCAUGCAGUCAAAACUACGCCCAUUAGAGUUAUGGUCAAUAUUGGUUACGCUAGCAAAGGCUGCACUACUUGCAGGCUGAGACGAAUUCGAUGCGACACAACCCGACCGACCUGCCAACGGUGCGCGAAAUCAAACAGAAUCUGUCUCGGCUAUGAUGUAUCGAAGGGACGAGCAAGUCUCGCCGAAAUCUGCAGCGUACCUGCUAAUAAAGAUGGUUCAUCGCCUGUCUCUGGGAUAUCAGUGGUUCCAUCUGUGUUACAACCACAGGACCUUCAUCAAACCUGGGCAUCGGUGGACGCUACACUCAUUCUUAGUAACUCGACGAUGAUCCGUGCAAUUUCUCAUCCUACGAAUUCAACUAGGUAUCCCUUUGACAAUAGACAUACUGUAGAUGGUCCUAGGAAGGCAGCACUCCUCGUGCAAAAUGUGAUCAGCAGCGGCUUUUCCACCCUCCGCAACCCGAUACAGACUAUCGAGGCGCGGCGGACACAGCUGGCCAAGUACUACUUAGCUACUCGAGAGUUGAGGGAGGCUCUUGCAGUCUGGCCGGCCUCACCAGCGCUUUUCACCCCAGUGCUCUUCUUUGCAAUAUACGAGAUGACCGUUAAUCUUGACCAAGGGGACAAAACAUGGCAGAUUCAUCUCGAUGGACUGCUGAAUCUGCUUUCGCAAAUGUCCUACCGGAGCAAAACAGCGCCUUUGCCCAGGGCGAUGAUGAUCCUGGAUUCGGGCGAUGAUCUCAGGAAAGCGUUGGCAUCGUCGGCGACUGGCGGUCCAGAUAUAGCCUCUUUACUCCUAGACGUCACAAAGCUCCGUCUACGAAAGCUCAUCCCCGAGAUGGAUGUUCUUUUCAGGGAUGCUUCGAAACAUAAACGAAAACUAGACGUCCAAAAGCUCCGGGUACUUGUCAGACAGAUUUACAGGGACCUCGGGACAUUUCCUGCCAUAAUUUCAAAGCAAUUCCGUCAUAUCACUGUGGUAGACAUCGGAAUUGGUCUUUCUGACAUCCAUCAUACUAUCGAGCACACCGCAAGUGACGGUAAGAUUUGAGACAAUCGAGAGACCGGGACAGUUCACACUUUGCUGAAUCUCUUCAUGUACAGGUAUUCUCGCGAUGCGCAUAAAUGAAUACAGGGCCCUCCUGAUUAUGACUGCUAGCUUUUUGCUAUGGAGUAGCAAUUUUCUCCAGCCGGAUGACCAAUAUCAAGACACCAAGGAGUUUAUGGUGUUAUAUCGCACCAUUCUGAAUGCAGCCAACGGCGUUCGUUCAUCAG